UGCAGUGUUCUCAAAGAGAAGGAAUCGUUAAUUUUCCAACCAUGAAGGGAUCAUCAUUGAUUGUUACCGUCGUUGCAAGCGUGCUGGCCGUGGCCAGUGGAUUUCCGGAUGGAGCUCCAGCCGAUACCUGUGUCAAGACUCGGUUCAAUCAACCGAAUCACGGUGCCGCGCGGAGCCAGGAGCUCACUAGCAGCCCGUUCCGGUUGACGGCCAGCGGAAAUACCUUCUCGCCGGGCAGCCAGAUCCAGGUGGACGUCAACGGCCACGAUGUAUUCCGUGGGUUCUUCCUGCAGGCUCGGGAUGCCCAAACGAACGAAUGGAUCGGCGAAUGGGUCGAAUCCCCGAACACCAAAACCAUUCCCGAAUGUUCGGCCAUUACGCACGCCGACAACAAGGACAAGCAGCGGGCCACCUUCAUCUGGACCGCACCGAAGGACCGCCAGGGACAGGUCUACAUCACCGGUACCCUCGUCAAGAACUACGGCACCUUCUGGGCGAAUCUGAUUGCCGAGGUUCCAGCGGCGCGGCACUUUGGAUGAAUCCAGCAUAUCAGCGGCCUGAACGAUGGAAGUGUGCGUGUGACGCGGGGAUUGAGUUGAAAUUGUACAUACAAAGUGCGUUUCCUUGACC